UUCAUUACCGUGGCCCUGCAUGGCUGUCUAUGCUCCUGCCUUUUACUACUGCCAGACAGUAUUGCAGAGGAGCUGACUAUCACUCAGCUGCCCUAUGAAUUUAAAAGUACAUUUCUGCAAUGCAAGAUUGACUAUCUGAUAAACAUAAACCCUAGGGCAGAAGGAGAUGAAUAUUUCUCAAUUUUUUUUUUUUUUUAGUUCUCUCUUCUCUGUAGGAAAUGCAGAGAACUAAUUCCUAUUUCCUGGAACAAUUCACGACCAGCUGAGGAAAAGGAAACCGAUCCUGUGACAGACGCACAGUUUGUUUACACAUGCAGUGGAUACCAGAUUCCCUCUGUGACUGCGACUGACUGGCCCAUGCUGGCUGAUGGGGGCUGUGCGUAUUCAGUAUGUAUAACUAUAGGACCCCGCGUCAGGGCAGCAAGGCUGCACAAGUCACUGGGGCAACAACUAUCUGAAUUGUUUCAUGGAAGUCAGGUGUUUAAUCUGAUGUCCUAUGUCCCAGGGAACCUCCAUGGUUCUCUAGAGAAGGGGUUUCUAGUCCUGGAUCCCCGCUGUUGCCCAGACACUGAGAAUAGGCUGUACAGCAUCCUCAGAGAGUAUAAGCAGGACAUCCAGCUGUGCAGUUACAGGGAAGGGGAAGGAGGCCAGGUCUGGCAAUGCUGGUGGGACCUGAAUGGAGGAGCGAAAGAGAUAGAGAGGUCACCAGUUAUGAGAAUGGACACAGUGAUGCCAUCUCCAUUUGUGGACAACAUCAAAGGUUCUGCUGUGUUUUACUCGCUGGAAGACGCCUGCGCUGUACUGCAAGAGAGUUCCACAGUUAUCCCAGAAGCUAAACGGGUUUUAGAGUUAAUGGACCAGAAUAAGAUUCCGGAGAGAGGCCAUUUCUCUAUUAUUGUUAUUGAAGGACUUGAUGCCACAGGAAAAUCUACACUGACAGAGUCACUUACGAGUCACCUGAAAGCCACAUUGCUUAAAUCACCACCAGAAUGCAUUAGCCAGUGGAGGAAAACUUUUGACGAAGAGACCUCCCUGAUAAGGAGAGCGUACUAUGCCUUAGGUAACUACGUUGGAGCUGUUGAAAUAGCAAAAGCAUCACAAAUUGGUCCAGUUAUUGUGGACAGGUUCUGGCACAGUACAGCUGCCUAUGCCAUAGCCACAGAGAUUGGGGGUGGUGUCCACAACCUGCCAGAUCACCACCAUGAGGUUUACAGUUGGCCAGAUGAUCUUCUUAAACCUGACCUUAUCAUUUUAUUGACCGUCUGCGAUGAAGAGCGAAUUAGUCGUAUACGGAAGCGUGGGCUCCAAGAAACCAGAGAAGAAAAGGAACUAGAGGCUAACAACAUAUUUCGACAGAAAGUGGAAGAAGCGUACAGAAGAAUGGAGAACCCCGGAUGUGUCAUCUUGGAUGCCAGCUCCUCAAAGGAAACUGUUUUACAAGAGGCAUUAUGCAUUAUAAAGAAACACUGUAGGUUCUAAUUGCAGAUAUGAAGACUUUAUAUAUCGGGAGGUGGAGAUGCUUUGUUGGCACUUGAGGAAAAGAUAAUAAACUGUUCCAGUGCUGCUGCAUGAUAUUCACAGGUGUCUGGCCAGUCUGCUGCUUGAUGCAACAAUGGAACACAGAGAACCUCAUAUUCCUUACACAAACUCUCAUAAACAUUUGUCUGUGUGCACUUUCAAAGUUGAUAACUUUCAAACAUAGGCCCUCAUUCCGAGUUGUUCGCUCGCAAGCUGCUUUUAGCAGCUUUGCACACGCUGAGCCGCCGCCUACUGGGAGUGAAUCUUAGUUUAUCAAAAUUGCGAACGAAAGAUUAGCAAAAUUGCGAAUAGACACUUCUUAGCAUUUUCUGAGUAGCUCCACACUUACUCGGCAUCUGCGAUCAGUUCAGUCAGCUUCGUUCCUGGUUUGAUGUCACAAACACACCCAGCGUUCGCCCAGACACUCCUCCGUUUCUCCAGCCACUCCCGCGUUUUUCCCAGAAACGGUAGCGUUUUUUCGCACACACCCAAAAAACGGCCAGUUUCCGCCCAGAAACACCCACUUCCUGUCAAUCACAUUACGAUCACCAGAACGAAGAAAAAACCUUGUAAUGCCGUGAGUAAAAUACCUAACUGCAUAGCAAAUUUACUUGGCGCAGUCGCACUGCGGACAUUGCGCAUGCGCAUUAGCGACUAUUCGCUCCGUUGCGAGAAAAAAAUAACGAGCGAACGACUCGGAAUGACCCCCAUAGUUCAACAAUGUGUAGUAAUCACAGUUUUCCAGUGAUAGUUUCUGCAUGAUUUAAAGUGGUACAUUUUUUAAAGGCAAAGCAAACCUGGUUUUACCCUGUAAAAAUACUGAUGUUUUAAAGUCUUUGGCAAAAAAAUUGCAAAAUGUAUAAAUGUGAAGGAAAGUGGAUCUCUUGAUAAAUAUAUGUUAGGUGUAAAGUUUAAUGAAAAGGAAGUAAGAUAAUAAUACAGUAAAUCUGUGAGUUGUGAUUUCACUAAAAUGAUAUAUUUUACAAUAAAUUACAAUUAAAAUAAAUUAUGCAAAACAAAUAUAUUAAGUUAGAGAGGAUAUUGGACAAUUCAGAGAAUAACAUGGAUUGUAAUUAUAGUCAAAAUGACUGCUGUUCAAAGUCAGUGGGGAUUCUGGUUCCCGUUACAUUUCUGUUUCAGGCAAUAGUCCAUAAAAGACAUUUAAAAUGUGUAACAAUUUGUUAAAUGAUAUACAUAUAAAGUUCUUAUUUCAUCAAAGUCUUUAAAAAUAAAAAGGUUUUGAAAAAGUGAAAUUAA